ACCCGUGUCACGGGGGCCUCAUUGCCCCUUUGAUCUCCAUUGGAGCUGCCCGAGUUAGAACUUUAUAGGCAUUCUGCUUUAACGUUAAUAUACAGCGACUGUCAAACAUGGCAAAUCCAGCAGAGUACGUUUCUUCUAAUGUGAUGCAAAAACGUGCCGUAUUGAUGAUAGUAAAUGAAUUUGUUAAAAACCUGAAAAGUAUAUCUGGAACAUGUAUGGAUGUCGGUUGCGGUCCUGGAAACAUAACAAGUAAUAUCCUUUUACCAGCUCUCGACCCAAAUGCUGUAAUGAUUGGAACGGAUGUUUCCGUGGCUAUGAUUGAAUAUGCCAAGAAAGCGUACUGUGACAACAAACGACUUGAAUUCGAAAUAUUGGACAUUCAAACUAAGAGCUUGCCUGAAAAAUAUAUUUCUAAGUUUAAUCAUAUAUUUUCGUUUUUUACAUUGCAUUGGUGCAACGAGAUAAGAACAGCGUUUGAGAAUAUGUACUGCAUGCUUCAACCUGGUGGAACUAUCUUUAUACUUUUUCCAUUAUCUCACGAUACAUUUUAUAAUCCGUUGAAGAAUAUUGCGCGAGAUGCCCGUUUUGCGCCUUACUUUCAAAAUCUGGAGAAACGUUUAUCGCCCUUAUAUGAUUCGGUCUUCCCUCGGGAAAACCUAAAAAAUCUACUUGAAAGUGUCGGAUUUAAUGUUCAACAUUGCAGUCUUCGUGAACUUGACUUUUCUGAUUUGCUAAAUACAGAUACAUUUUUAAAUUCGAUUAUGUCCAUUUGUAACUUCAUAGAUGCGAUGCCACCUGAACGACAGGAAGAAUUCAAGGUUGAAUUUUUACGUGAACAUAAAAAUUACAUAAAAAUAAAAUUAUAUGAUAAUAAACAAUGUGAUAAGGAAAGACCAAUAUUAGAUGUACAUAAGUUAUUACUCGCUGUCGCACAGAAAGAUAUGUAAUAAUCGUAACAGCAUAUUAUGCCACGUUUGUAUUAUGUAAUGCAUAAAAAUUACGAAAUUUUACGAAGUUAAUAAAAGACGUUGUUUUUAAUA